GCGAGUGGACUAGUCGUACUGCUUUCGUGGGCUACGCUCCCACUUUUACCGUUAUCCGUUCAUUUCGUUUUCGGUACGGACGUGGCUCGGCCGCCCCGGUGUUACCUACGCCUAGUUCGUUCCCUGAUCUAAUUAGUAAUUCAUCAAUUAGUGCGCCAGUUUUCCCUAACGAGGUUAUUAUUGACACAAUCGGUGCGCGCGCGGGGUCGGAGCGGGUAAACAAGCGGCUCGCGUAGUAUAUUGCCAGCUAGGCACCAUGCGGUCGCUGCCACUGCCAUAUGCCAUCUAAUUUUCCACCGGUGGACACAUAAAUUCUUACCUCAACUGGACAGGUUAUAAACAGUGAAUGUUUUAAAAGUGCUCCGCUGCUUUCAUCGGUGAUAAAAGUGACAAUCAGGUUGAAAGUGAAUCACUAAUGUUUUAAUAUAAAGUGUUGAUGUUGUAACAUCCAUGCAAGUGUGAAGGACUGAAAAUGGAUAAAAAACUAGACUUAAUGUCGUUGUUUGAGUCGGACGCCUGGCCGGCGUCUGACGAUCUCCUGGAGAACAUCUUCUCCCUGGAACAAGGGUCGUUGAACUUUCUGGAGGAGUCCAUGCCAGACUUGGACCUGUGCCCGGAGAACGCGCCCCGCCCUUCAGAGGGACUGAGCAGCUCUUGCUCGGAUAGUGGACUUUCCAGUGACCCGGCUGAAUUCGACUUCGAGCAGCAACUAUCGCCAUUCCUGAUCCAGAACUCAUGCGACGAGUCACUGAGCCCGCAGCAGCCCACCAGCCCGGCCCAGGACGUGGUCAUCCAGGACAAUGACUCCUCCGACCAGACCUUCGACAUGCUAGACUUCGAACAAAACGUCGUCCCUGGCUUCAUCAACGACACUACAUUCCACAGUCCUGGAAAAACCGGCAGAAAACGCCGUCUGUCACAGACUCCACAAGUGGCCGUCCAGCCGAAGCUGCAGCGACCGACUGUGAAACUGCCCACAGCAACCGUUCAGAAGCCACAGCUAGUCGUCAAGGCGCAACCACAGAAACCCUUGAAAGUCGCCAACAUCCAAGUUAUCAACCCGCAACCCAGAGUCUACUGCAAGCCGGUGGAAACCGUCGCUCCUCAGAGGAAGGUCAUCAGGGUUGCCCCCAUGGCGGGGAAUCCUCGAUCCAUCCUCCUUCCUGUCACCAUAAAAGACAUGAAAGACUUGAAGUCUAUUAAGAUUAUCAAUGCAGCGGAUCUGAAGAACGCUUCCAAUAUAAAGUUGGCCGCGGCGAAUCUUCUCUCGCAGAGCAAACUGCAGGACUUGAAGGCCGAAGUGAAGGACUAUGAUUACGACAACAACCACUGCGACGAUUCAGGGAGCGAACGUAGCGAUGACGACGACGACCACAAAGACGUUCAAGUCAACGACGGAAGGAACGGCUAUCCCCGUCUCGUUCUCACAGCAGAGGAGAGGCGGUUGCUAGCAAAGGAGGGAAUAUCCCUCCCAACCAGCUACCCUCUCACGAAACACGAGGAGAGGGAACUCAAGAGGAUCCGAAGAAAGAUCAGGAAUAAGAUCUCUGCGCAAGAUUCCAGGAAGAGGAAGAAGGAAUAUGUUGACGGACUUGAGGAUAGGGUCAAACAGUGCACAGUGGAAAACCAGACUCUAAUACGGAGGAUAAAGAUACUGCAGUCGCAAAACCAGACCCUCACAGCGCAACUGAAGCGGUUGCAGAGCGUGCUAACUGGCGUGUCGAGCGGGUCUGGCGGCAAGUCUGCGCAGCCGGCGACGUGCCUGCUGGUGCUGCUGCUGUCCGUGGCGCUGGUGGCGCUGCCCUCCGUGCGCGACGAGCUGCGUAAGACCACGCACGCCGGCGGCCCACCCGCGCUUACGCGCGCGCUUCUCUCAGCCACCACCAAAAUGACGGUGGACGAAGCCGUGAUAGACGACGGCGAGUUCAACAUGGACGAGCUGAUCACAUUCAACCGGCCACACUCUGACCACGACUACCAGGUGGUCAAGAGCCUCGAUGUCAACAAGGCCCUGCCCGGCGGGUACAUCGACCUGCCCAUCGACGAGGACUGGCCCCCCAACCUAAAGAAGCGCAAAAAGGCGGAGUUCGACUACGAGGACGGGAGGGACUACCUCCCCCCCAUCGUCAAGGAAGAGAACUAUGAGAACUUCUACAAGAUAGACUCUAAACUUGACCAAAACGACAUGGCUAUCGAUGAUAACGGAUUCCUGAGCAACACCCUCAUGUCGACGGGGCGCAAGAUCGGCGAAUUACUUGACGUGUUCCCGCCGGUCCCCGUCAAGACGGAGGACAUCCUGGUGGAAGAGGUCUCAGACUUCGACACCAGGAACAACUCCACCGAGGUAAAAAGCUUCAUCGUCAACGGCACUUUCAACGAAUUCUAAUUUAAUAUUCCCGAUAUAUUUUUUUACACUUUUACCUUUUUCUUGUUUUCUAUAUUUUCAAAUCACUAUUUUAUAAUUAUUUUAUACAGAUGACUAUAUUCCUUUCAAUGAAAUUAUUCCUUAUAGGUUUGUAAGGUAUUACUUUAAAGUGAACUGACCAAGCGUCGGCAUUGAAUUUGUUUUACGUUAUGAUAGUGAGAUCGCGUCGUAUGACUUACAUUUAGGAUUAUUUGUUAGUAUUAGUUAAAGGCGAAGUAUGAUAUUACGUUUGAAGCGGCUGAAAGAUUUUAUAUAUUUAUUUGAGACUUCAAAAUUAAUAUAUUAUUAAGAGAUAUUUUUAAUUUACAAAUUAUUGUUAUCGAGUUUAGGUUAUUUUUUAAGCAUUUUCGUGUCGGUAAAGUCGGUGCAAUUAUGUCUAAGUUCUGAUCUUCAGUGUUAUAAUAGCUAGCUUAGAUUUUAUGAUUUAUUAUGGAGUUGAUUCGUUCCUCUCACCUACUUAUUUGGUUUCUUCUCGACUUGUUUCUGGGAACGUUGAUGUAUAAUGCAAAUGUUAGUUCGAAUAAACUGCAUAAGUAAUA